GCUUGGGCUCGCGCUGUAUGAGCAGCGGCGGUGAUACCACUACAUCCACCAUCCUGAUCACUGACCAGACUGACAGCUUAUCUCAAAUUGGAAAAUCAUGGAAAGCCGUAUUAUCACGUCAGGUCCCUACAGGGCUACGAAACUUUGGAAUGAAUUAACCAAGCUUUUUAGGGCAGGAAUGCCUUUGAAAAAACAUAGAAUGCACUUGAAAAAAUAUAAUAACUGUUUCACGGCUUCUGAAGCAGUGGAUUGGUUACAUGAACUACUGAGAAGUAACAGUAAUUUUGGGCCAGAAGUAACUAGACAACAGACUCUACAACUAUUGAGGAAGUUUUUGAAGAAUCAUGUAAUUGAGGAUAUAAAAGGAAGAUGGGGAGCAGAGAACCUCGAUGAUAAUGGUCAGCUCUACAGAUUUCCUGCAACGUCCCCACUGAAAGUUAUUCCUAGUCAUCCUCCGUUUCACAAAACAAAUGCUACAAGCGUAAGUACAAAGGUGAAAGGUGGCUUUUGUGAAUUACCCAAGACCAUGUCCAAGGAAAAUGACAUUCUUCAGUCACAGGUGAAUGCAGAAGAAACAGAUAAAAAGAUGCCAGGGAUCAUUUCUGAAGAAUCAAUAAUACAUGUCAGACAAGUUACACAAACUGACAUUGAAGAAAUUUGGAGAGAAAUUGCACUUAACCACCUACAGAAGAUCUUGGGUUUGGCUGCAUUAAAUGAUGUACUUGAUUUCUCCCAAGUUAUCCCUCAGUACAUUUUGUACAACGUACGUAAUGUCAGUAAACAUGGAGUUGUAAUAUUACAAGACAAGUCAGCGGACCUGCCUCAUUGGGUGCUAUCUGCUAUGAAAUGUUUAGCAAACUGGCCCCGGAACAAUGAACUGACCCAGUCAAGUUAUCCUGGUUUUGAGCGAGAUGUAUUCAAAACUGUUGCAGACUACUUUGUAAACCUUCCUGAGCCUCUACUUACAUUUGAACUUUAUGAACUCUUUGUGAAUAUAUUGGUCUUGUGUGGCUACAUCAUGGUCUCAAACAGACAGCAAGGAAAGCGCAAGAAUUUGGAUGAGCUCUGUUGCCCACAGCCAGCAAAAUCGCAGCAUUUGAAUAGACAUACACACUCUUUCAAAUCAACAGAGUGUCUGUUACUAAGCUUAAUUCGCAAAGACCUUUCCGAAGAAAAUAACCCUUUGCUGGAAAUAGAACAGCUACGAGAGGAAAUGGAAUAUACAUCUGAGCAAAAAAUCAAUCAAACUGUGCACAGCCUUCAAAAAGGAUGUGUUAGACAUCUAAACCAGAAUGUAAAAAACUGCAGAAAAGCUGUUGUCAAAGAGCACCUAACAGGAGGCAGCUGUCAGAAUCUGACUAAUUUAAAGAAUGAUCAAUUACAACAUUCUUCCAUCCAGUCUAGACGCUACUCAGUAGGAAACAUGAAUUUUUCAAGUGGAGAUAUACUGCACAAACCACGCUGUCACUCUGAUCUAAAUGAAGCAAAACUUCAAAAUGGACACAAACAGUCCCAUAGUCAGGUCACGCGAUCCCUUGUGAAGAGUAGACCAAGAGCAGAGUCAAUGUCAAAUCUCUAUUUGGAGAAUGGCAGACAACAAAUUUCCAACUCGACUUGCAGGUGUAGCUCAGUGUGGACCUUGGCUGAAUUUGGUAAAGAGCCUUGGACUAAUUGUACAAAUCAAGAAUUGCUCAGACAGUCAAGCAAUGCCUCCAGCCAAAACCUAGUUUAUGGUCAGGACCAGCAAGAUCAAUAUGUACAAUCAUGGAGUUUGCACCACUUCUCUAAAAUGAGCUCCAAUGAGUUAAACACAGCCAGUAAAAAUAAAGUGUUCAAAGAUAAAGGCAGCCACUUCAAUAUAAAUGCUCCAGUUGCUGAAGUCACUAUGAAACCUGAUUCUUCGGCUGAACUAGGAUUCAGACAACCAAGCACAUACAGUUUAGCUGCUGCAGUGGACAGUGAAUAUCCAGCUAUAGAUGGGCCUCUUGUGUCCCACUGUAACAAACAUGCUGUGGAUGGAUCUGAACAUGCUUCAACUGGUGGUCAUUCAACAUUUUCCGGAUAUCUAAAUGGAACUCAAAGUUUGCUGCAACCUCAGCUGGAGCGGAUUGCCAUAGAAGCCCUUCAGAUCUGUUGUCUCUUCUUGCCUCCACCUAAUCGUAGAAAACUGCAACUACUUAUGCGCAUGAUAUCUCGCAUCAGUCAGAAUGUUGAUAUGCCACAACUUCAUGAAGCUAUGGGAAUAAGAAUGUUGGUGAUUCAGACCUUUUCACGUUGUAUACUACGUUGUGAAAAAGAAGCUGACCUUGAUGAAUUAUUAGGCACACGACUUGUUUCCUUUAUAUUGGACCACCAUCAGGAAAUUCUGCAGGUACCACCUUAUUUGCAGAAUGCUGUCGACAGCCACAUCAAUCAUCUCCAAAAUGUCCAGAUUACAUAUUCCUGCGCAAACAUGAAUGCUGAGGUUCCAAUGUAUACAUUCUGUCAACAGAUAAGCACCAGAGAAUUUGAAGCACAAAAGGUUUCUGUAUCUCAGAUUGCCAUAGCUGAGUUGCUGGAAAAUAUUGUAGAAGACAAAAAGAUGUCCAUUAAAGACAAGAGGAAAAAACUUAAACAAUUCCAAAGAGAAUAUCCAGAAAUCUACCAAAAUCGCUUCCCCACAACUGACAGCGAGGCCAAGCUCUUCCAGGAUAAACCCAAGAUCAAGCAACCAAUGUUAAUUACAAUGAAGAAGCCACUUAAAAGCCUUCAGAAAAUGCAGAAACUGAGAUACUGA